CAACCAAGUCCCAACUAUCAAAAACCAUCAAAUCCAUCCAAAUACCCUAAAUAACCAAGCCAGUUUUUCAACACGAAAUAAUCAAUCAAUGUCAGCGACGUUGAUUGCUGUAGAAUAGAUUUUUAGCUGAAAUCACCUGAUCUUCUAUUCUACAGAAACUCAAAGUGCUAUUCAUCAUAUCCCGGAAUUAUAGUGCAGCAGCUGUAUCAAUUAAAAUAUGUGAUUGUGGUAUAGGUUAUAAAUCUUGAAUCACUAUAUCAACACAAACUACCUAAUAAGCAAAACUGAAAAACUGCCACCAUGGGAGUUCCAAAGUUCUUCAGGUAUACAAGUGAGAGGUAUCCCUGCCUCAAUGAGCUUGUGAAACAAUAUCAGAUACCAGAUUUUGACAACAUGUACCUUGACAUGAACGGUAUCAUACACAACUGCUCCCAUCCAGACGACUCCAACCCGCACUUCCGGAUUACAGAAGAGAAAAUCUUCCAAGACAUCUUCCAUUAUUUGGGCAUACUGUUUCAAAUCAUAAAGCCGAAGAAACUGUUCUUUAUGGCUAUUGAUGGUGUCGCUCCGAGGGCUAAGAUGAACCAGCAAAGAGGCAGGAGAUUCAGAUCAGCCAGGGAAGCAGAAAAACUAGAAGAAGAAGCAAAAUCAAAGGGCGAGGUUCUGCCAACGGAGAAGCGGUUUGACAGCAACUGCAUUACUCCAGGGACUGUGUUCAUGGCACGUCUGCAUGAGCAGUUAAAGUACUUUGUGAAGCACAAGAUGUCCACCGAUCCUUUGUGGAGCAAAGUGAAAGUUAUCCUAUCGGGUCAUGAGACCCCAGGCGAAGGCGAGCAUAAAAUCAUGGAUUACAUCCGGUGGUCGCGCUCCCAGCCCGACUACGACCCGAAUACCCGGCACUGCCUCUACGGUCUCGACGCUGACCUGAUCAUGCUGGGCAUGUGCACCCAUGAGCCGCACUUCGCUCUGCUUAGAGAAGAGGUGAAAUUCGGAAAAACUACCCAACGAGCAACCAGCCCUGAAGAAACCAACUUCUACCUUCUGCACCUCUCACUACUAAGAGAAUACCUAGAACAAGAGUUCAUUGAAAUCAAAGAUAAACUGCCGUUCCCAUACGACAUAGAGAAGAUUGUUGACGAUUGGGUGCUCAUGGGAUUUCUGGUGGGAAACGAUUUCAUCCCCAACUUGCCUAAUAUGCAUAUAAGUAAUGACGCUUUGCCGGUGCUGUAUAAGACUUAUAUGACGGUCUUGCCUACUUUAGAUGGUUAUAUAAACGAGGCGGGUGACUUAAACUUAGCGAGGUUCGAAGUAUUCAUGCAAGAACUAGCCAAGAUCGAUAAAGAAAAGUUCCAAGAUACGUACGCUGAUCUCAAAUACUUUGAGGGCAAGACGGGCAGGCGGCCUAAUGCCAAUGAAAGGAGAGAGUACAAACCUAACAACGACGAUACGUUCAACGUAAACGUAGAUGACAUAAAGGCGAAUGCGCCCGACGACGCGCUGCAGGCGUUGAUCAGCCGUACAGAGGAAAUGUAUUUCAAUGACGUUGACAAUGAAGAAGAUGAAGAAUACGAAGAAACUAGUGAUGAGGAAGCCACAUUUGAGAUGGAAUUCAAACUCCACAAGAAGGAUUAUUAUAUGAAUAAGUUAGAUUAUUCAGCUGUAACUGCAGAAGUAUUAGCGGACCAAGCGGAAGGUUACGUGCGAGCGAUCCAAUGGAACUUAUUCUAUUACUACAAGGGUUGCCCGUCGUGGUGUUGGUACUACCCUCACCAUUACGCUCCUUACAUCUCAGAUAUAAAAGGCUUCAAGGACCUGAAGAUCGAGUUCGAGCUGGGAGAGCCUUUCAAACCUUUUGAACAGCUUCUGGCAGUUCUCCCAUCGGCCAGUAAGCACCUCCUACCAGCACCUUUCCACGACCUGAUGACGGACGAAGAUUCCCCCAUAGUCCACUAUUACCCCAUCAACUUCGAGACGGAUCUCAACGGCAAGAGGAACGACUGGGAGGCGGUUGUUCUUAUACCGUUUAUCGAUGAGGUAAAUCUGCUGUCAGCCAUGACACCAUGCUACCAAAGACUGACAGAGGAGGAGCUAAAUAGGAAUACUCACGGCCCUAUGCUUGUGUAUAAUUGGACAAAAGAAAGUUUAGGUACCGUAGAAGCUCCAGAGUACUUCCCAGCGAUCCAAGACAGUCACGCAAUAGAGAACAAAAUAUACCGCAAAGAGCUAGACGUGCCCGAACACGUCCUGAAGCGAGGCAUGCUACCGAACGCCAAGCGAGAUAUGAUGUACCCCGGCUUUCCCACCAUGAGGCACUUGAAGUACAAGACAAACUUGAAGAAAUGCAAGGUGAAAGUAUUCGACCAGCCGUCCCGCAAUGAAAACAUGAUGGUGGAAAUUAUUAGGGAUUCCAAUAUUGAGCCACAGUUGGAGAAAAUUGCUCAGGACCUCUUGGGGAAGAUAAUUUGGGUUGGAUGGCCUCAUCUUACUAAGGCUAAGGUAAUUUCGGUAUCAAAUGAGAAGAUGCGACUCCACCACAUAGACCAUCAGAACAAUAACGUGAACGGUGCUCCAAGCUAUACCACCGAGUCUAAUUUCGGAAACUUACAUAAGCAGUGGAUAUCAGAACGCUCCACGAUCAUAGAACAUAAUCAGAAUCGCCUUGGAAUUGAACUGGGCAAUGUGAAUGUUAUAAUUCAUGCUGUUAAUUUGAAAGGUUACAAAUACCUAAUACAAGAUAACACCCAAAUGGUAUUCGAGCCGGAAUGGUGUUCAGUCGCAUGCGGCUACGCGUACCAAGCCGUCGUCCGGGACGUGUCUGAACAUGUCAUACAAGAGGCUGGCAAGUUCUCGACUCCGCAAGAGGCUUAUCCAGUUGGAUCGAAUGUGUUCUUACUCACACAAGGGCAGUACUACGGGUGCAUGGCUACGGUGGUAGAUUCGGAAGCAGUCAGGAGCGGGCGCAUCAAAGUGCAAGUGACGGAACAGACGGAGCCGACGCCCGGCGCGCACGCCAGCAUCUGCCCGUACCGCAGCGCACACCACGCCGCCGCCUCCUGUGGGAUAUCGCCUCAAUUCCUCUCAAGAAUAACGGGUACCGUGCUGGUGGUUUCUGGUCAGAGGAAUACUCUACCGACUGAAACACAGAAUAAAGUCAACGUCGGGCUGAAUUUGAAAUUCAACAAGAAGAACCAAGAAGUAUCCGGCUACACCCGACGUUGCCCCGUGUCCAACACGUGGCUAUACUCGCAGCGCUGCAUCGACUUAGUCAAGAGCUACGAGCGACAGUUCCCGGAACUAUUCGACAAGCUGGCGGAAUCCAUGUAUAAUGACAUCUUCUUUGAGAGCGACAUUUGGCCUAACGAAGUUGGUGAGAAGAAACCCCAAGAAGUACAAGCGUGGCUAAAGGCGCAACCUCACUCAAGCGCUGCGCGGCGUGAAUGCGGUUCAGAUGCGCUUGAACAAGAGAUGAAAGCGCUCUUCAACUCUUUGGACAAGCAGCUUCAGGAACUUAAGGGCAAUGAGAAGACAGUCACACUUCAUGUUAAAUGGAACCUUCUGUACAAGCCGGAACUCCAUGAAGGAAACGUCCAGCCUGACCCUAAAGCGGACUUCAAAAUGUACGACCGCGUGGUCUGCGUGGCUCGCAGCAUCACCGCUCCCUUCGGAGCUAAAGGCACCAUCACUGCUGUGUACCAACCUCCGCAAUCGAAUACUGUGCGACUGGCUGAUAAGCUGAACGCUGAGCCGACGUAUCAAGUCAUGUUCGAUCAGCCUUUCCCUGGGGCUUCUCCUGAGGAGUUAUUUGAAGAACAAAGAUUUUAUAGGAUGUUACCAACGAAUAUGCUGAACAUAUCAUACGGCCGUAAACUGAGGAACGCCGUGACCGUCGCCGGGGCGCAAGAGACGCAAAGCACGAACAAAACGCCCAACCUACUGCGCAGGGACGACGGGCACAACUCCGCGUUCGCUAGCUAUAGUCCCACGAGAGAUCAAAAGACUCCAGUGAGUGAAACCAGAAAUAAUACAGCUAGUGCUGCAACGCCUGCUACAGAUAAUUCACAAGACAAUGCUACACAGCUUCUAAGGAGUCUACUCAACAUCAGUCAAGGAGAAUCAGAUACUAAUAAAAAGUCUAGCAAGAACGCACGAGAUCAGAAUCAAAGUUGGCGAUCGAAAAAUGACAAUAAUGCGCAACAGCAACCAAACAGGUCUCAACAGCAGCAACCGCCUCAGCCUCAGAAUUGGCGCAAAGAGCAAAAUGGCGCGUUCAACAGGCCGCCUCCGCCCCAAGCGUAUCAGGAGUGGACGAACAGACAGUACAAGAACCAACCACCAGUGCCUCCGUACCCGACGUUCGGCCAACCCUUCCAAGGGCCUGGGCCCAACCAGAUACCUUUCCCCGCGUUCAACAACGCGCACUUCCAACGCAACCAGAACGCGAUGCGGCAGCAUCCGCAACAGCAGCCGCAGAACCAUCCGCAUCCGCAAAAUCAUACGCAAAACCAUCCGCAGAAUCAGCAUCCGCAGUUCCCGCAACAUCUGCCCAGCGUCGCUGGAGUGGCGUUGGCACCUAGUUGGAAUAAGAAUCCACCACAGAACCAAACUCAAUCCGCACCCACGCAUAAUGCUCCGAACAAUACCGAGAAACCCAACCCAUUUGUACCGCUGCAAGUACAGACCAGCCAACGGCGAGUUCACAACCCGCCGGGCCGCAGCGGCGCGGCGCCGGCCUGCUGGCGCAGCAGCCCGCGCCGGCGCAAGGACACUCAUCCUCACAAUCGACGUUCAGGCAACAAGAGGACUCAUCAAAGCGGCCACAAAGGAAGAAAAAGCCGAGAGUUGCCGCCAACCUUCCCUUCCAAAUGGAUUAAUUAUAAAUAUAAUGUUGCCAAUUUUGUACAUAGUUAAUGAAUCAGAAUCAAUGUUAACAGUUAAUAUUUAAGUCAUCAAAUAAUUCCAUCUCAAUAGUAGAGUUUUUUAAUUGCGCGAAUAAACCAUGGGGUCAAGUUGGGUAAAAUAAGACAAUAAAUAAGUAUAAAAUUGUUUAUGCUUUCAUAAAAUCAUAAACUAUUGCAACCCUCUACUUUCGAAGUAUGGUCACCAAACCUUAAAUUUAUAUGGCUAUCAUAGUUCUAAUGUUUUAAAAUACUCGUUUACCCCACCAGAUGCAAUAAUCCCGGUUGGUCCUAUAAGUGUAUACUGUAUAGCCAGAUCAUUUGGUAACGUCCUAUUUUUACCCCACUUGACCCUGCAAUAUCUUUCCGUGUACGUGUAAGACAUAAUUAUAGUUAUUUAUUCACAAACAAUACAGGAUAGUUCUUUAAAUAUGACAGAAAAAUAAUCAAUGAGUACUCAGUAAAUGAACUCAAAACGGUGUAAGAGCUGAAUAUAGUUAUAUUACUAUUGUACAUAGUGUAUAUAUUGACAUAAAUGACUAUGUAUGUUGCAAUGGUAUUUAAGAUAACGAUAUUUGUGAUCAUAUAUGUAACUGUCUAUGGUGUCUGUCGUAUGGUGACUCGAUGUCCAUUAAUAUAAAGGACCAAAAAAUGGACUUUAAUUACUUCUAAUAAGAUCUAAAUAUUUACAUGUGUUAGGUCGUUCUGGUCGUUCAGUUUUACUACAGAAUACCAGAUAUUCGUUAAAAAAAUGCAAACAUAUAUCAAUUGCAAUGCAAGAUUGUGGUAUGAUAAGUUAUUUUCUUACUUCUUAACGUUAGGCGACUGAGCUUUAAAACAUGUUCAUAUAUUUUUAUUAUUUUAUAUUGUGUUUGAGCUAAGAUGCCUAAUACGUAGAGGAAUCACAAAUGUUUUGGGGAAUAUACCCCAUAAUAUGUGAUUAUAUGUUUACAAGGUCACGGCUCCACACCAUCUCAAACUUAAUCUGUGGUAACCUCGCAGAAUAUCAUACAUUGAGUUACAGCUUCGGUCGUAAUAAUGUAAAAAAAAAAGGUAAUCACUAAUCAGCAUGUAAUGUUUAAAGUUUGACCUUUUCGAUGCGAAGGGCGGAUUAAUCCGCCGUAGACUACAGAGCAACAUAGACUGCAUACAGCAUAUGGAUAAAUCUCAAAUUCAGUUUUGACACUUCUGUAACGUGGCGUCUGAGAGAUAGUGCUUUUGCUUGACACGGCGUCGAAAAGGUUAACGUUUAUUAUCGUAAAAUAUUCUUUAGCGUUGUUGUGGCAGUUGAACCACAUCUUUAUCUGCCAAUUUAAUAAAUGCGAUAAAAAGUAUAAAGGAAUAUUGAAAGACCAUAGACCGCACGAUUCCGAUUCUAAAAUAAAAUAAAAACAGCAAUAUGGACGGCGUUCAUGUAAGUCAAGUUUAUAAAAAGUAAAAUAACGUAGAUAUUGACUUUUAAUAUUAAUCAACCUAGUCAAAAUUGAUAACGUAAAAAAAAUAUUUCUACCAAAUUAUGACAAUUAGUGAUUAUCACAUAAAAAAAAGUAAAAUCAACGGGUAUCGUGCGGAGUCUAAUAAAAUAUUGAGUAUUCUUUAUUUUUAUAAAAUUUAUGUUAUAGUUAUUUCUAUUAAAGUACAAAACACGAUAAUAAUUUAUGCUCAAUUUCUUGGGUGUGUUAAAUGUUGUGUAUAAAUGUAAUAUUUCCUCUGACCAGGUUAAACUAAGUGUACUCCAAUCGUUCUGAAAUGAAAUCUCAAUGCAAUCAUAAUCAAAUGUUUGCCUACAAACUGUUUCAUUGACUGUUCUCUUGAAAGAAAUGACAUCAUAAUAAAUGUGGAAUUCUGAA